GUAAAUGAGGGCGGCGGCGGCAACAAGCGCCUAACUCCACCCGGAACGAGCACUGCCAAUGCCCCAGCCCGCGGGCUCCAUGGACUCGCACUGCCCUUCGGCGGCCAAGCCCCCCACUGGGAAGAAGAUGAAGGCUCGAGCUCCCCCACCUCCUGGGAAGACUCCUUCCCCGAAUAUUUUCAGUGAGCAGAAACCUCCCCGAGAUGUGUCUCCUGGCUCCCAACAGAACCUGCUCAUGAUGAAGGAGCAGCUGCAGAAAAGUGUGUUGGACAUCACCGUGGUACUGCCCAGUGGGAUGGAGAAGAAGAGUGUGAUCAACGGCAGUCAUGCAAUGAUGGACCUACUUGUUGAGCUUUGCCUUCAGAACCAUCUGAAUCCAUCCCACCAUAUACUUGAGAUCUGGUCUUCAGAAACUGAACAGCCUUUGAGUUUUAAGCCAAAUACUUUAGUUGGGACACUGGAUGUGCACACAGUAUUUCUGAAAGAAAAAGUUCCUGAAGAGAAGAUUAAGACCAGUCUGCCUAACGCACCCGAGAAAUCUGUGCUUUUGAUAGUGAAUUAUCUGCGAACCCAAAAAGCUGUCAUGCGUGUGAGCCCCAAGGUGCCACUCCAGAACAUUCUCCCAGCCAUCUGUGCAAAGUGUGAGGUCAGCCCUGAACACGUGGUCCUCCUGAGAGACAACGUCACCUAUGAGGAGCUGGAACUCUCCAAGUCCCUCAGUGAGCUAGGCAUCAAGGAGCUCUACGCCUGGGACAAUAAUCGAGAAACCUUUAGAAAAUCAUCACUUGGUAAUGAUGAUACAGAAAAAGAGAAGAAAAAAAUUCUGGGAUUUUUCAAAGUUAAUAAAAGGAGCAACAGUAAGGUGGAACAGCUGGGACUGUCAGGGAUGGACAGCGAUGAGGACACCUCCAAGUCAGCCCUGGGCGAGAGUCUGAAUGGCUAUUUAACAACACCGAAUUCCCCCUCUCUGAAGUCACACUCCAUCACACUGGGGACAUCCCUGUCCCUCAGCAACAUUUCAGGAGUGUCUAUGAAGUCAGACAUGAAGAAGCGCCGAGCUCCACUGCCUCCCCCACUCCCCAGUGCAGGGCCACCUGUGCAAGACAGGGUGUCGGAAAAGAUGUCACUGGGGUCACAGAUUGAUUUACAGAAAAAGAAGAGGCGGGCACCAGCUCCCCCUCCACCACAGCCUCCGCCACCAAGCCCCCUGGUGCCUAACCGUGCUGAAGACUCAGACGAAAAAAGGAAGAGCACCAUGGGUAUUGGACGGCAGGUGCCACAAAAGCCUCCCAGAGGCACUGCUCGGGGACCCCCUCAUUUAGUGCUACCCCCACCCCCACCCUACCCUCCUCCUGACACAGAUGUGGCAGAGCCUCUCAGCUUUCCUGAUGAAGGCGCUGGUGCCGAGGCCUCCGACAUGAGACCCACACUGACACUGCCCCUGGACGCUGGAGGUGUCUGCAGCACAGAUGGGGUUCCUCCCGUGUUGUCAGAGGCCGAGGAAACUGUGUCUGUUGGCAGCUGUUUCGCAUCGGAAGACACAACAGAGGACUCAGGGGUGAUGAGUUCACCUUCAGACAUCAUCUCACUAGAUUCUCAGCAUGACAUCGUGAAAUCCAAAGAUAAGUGGGCCACAGACCAGGAAGACUACAGUGACCAGGACUUGUCUACAACUCCAGAACUUGGUCCCCAGAAGAGCCUUACAUGGGAGAGGAAUGACUCUAGGAACUGGAAUUCGAGAACUGAAAAAGCUGUUGAUGAAGGCCUGCUUAUUAAUGUACAGUUCCAGAAGGCCCUUGCAGAGCUUGCAGAGCUUGAUGAAGACCUGGAAGAAAUAGAAGAGAAUUAUGAAACAGACACCAGUUCUCUAGCCAGCAACAUAAAAGGUGUGUCCAGUCACUGUGCACUGGAGACCAUAAUCCCCAAGAGUGAUGCGGAUGCAAUCCCAGUCACAUUUAUAGGGGAAGUUUUAGAUGACCCCAUGGACUCAGGAUUGUUAUCUAAUAAAAACAACAAUGCUGGUUGUUUUGACCUGGGCAGUACCAUCAGGGGAACCCCCAAGCCUUCAUACCAGAUUGAGCACAGCCAGCAACCUCAAAGAAAGAGGGAAGAAGUGCCUCAUCUUGCUCCCUCCCAUCACACAGGAAAGGAAAUCAAGUUGUCCCUACCCAACACCCAUAAAGAUGUGAACCUGACCAAAAUGGAGCCUGAAGUGACUUCUGCUUCCAAGCAGAAUACAAAGGAGCAAAGCCAGGAGCCAGGUUUUGCCUCCAGAGGGAAGACACAGGCCAUAGAGAUAAUAAAGUCACAACCAGUGAGGGAACAGGAAGGUGAUAAUAAGAACAAUGUUUCAGGACUGCCAUCUUGGCACCGGGACCAAAACCCAGGGGGAAGUUAUGGACUUAAAUAUGGCCUCACAACAUAUAAAAUUAUUCCUCCAAAGUCAGAGAUGAAGUGCUAUGACAGAGGUGUAUCUCUCUCAGUGGGAGCCAUCAAGAUUGAUGAGCUGGGGAACCUAGUGAAUCCCCACACCAGUGGGGGCAAGACCUUCACCCAGACAUCACCAGCUCUGGAAGCAGAGAACCAAUCUAUUGGAAAAAUCAAAGAAUUCUGGAGGUCCAACUCUAUGGAAAAAAAUUGUCAGCCCAUGGAGUGUUCCACUAAAAGGACCUCCACACUUACCUCUGCCACUCCAGAAAAAUCACAACAAAGCAGACUCAGAGCAGAACCCAUCUCUCCAGAACCCAAAGUGAUGAUGCCCCAGCAGCAGCUGACUCACCACAAAAAUGAAAAACAAUUAGAAGAGAGAAGUAACCAGCCACCAGUGGCAGCCACUUGCCAUGUGAAAGUUCCAGCGAAAGUCACAGAAGUUCCAGCGAAAGUCACAGAAGUCCCCUUUCUUAAGCCCCAAAGAAGGACAUCCAGCCAAUAUGUGGCCUCUGCCAUUGCCAAGCGCAUAGGGCCCCCCAAAACCUCUGCCAAUGUGGUAAAGAAGUAUGAUAAUGCUGGGAAGACCUCUGAGGAGAGAGCAGCAGAGCUAAAGGGGCAAUCUGGGGCUGUGAAAGAUGGUUCAACCUCUAUCCCAUCUCUACAGCUACAUAAACAAAGUGAAGAGUCAUCCAAUACCAACAGGGAAGAAUUGGCAGUAGGCAUCCUACCCAGAAAACAAGUCGGUAGCUUUUACAGAAAGCUGUCUCCACAGGACAGUACUGCUGAUACCCACAGAGGAGCGUGUGUCCCAUCAGUUACAUCUUCCCAAAAGGCUCAUGUAUCUAUGGGACAGAGCUGUGAUUUCAGUGGGAAGCAAAUUACAAGUGACCACAAGGCAGGCUCAGCCUCUGACCCCAAGUGCAUGCUGAACAGCACGAAUCCCCCUGCUCCUCACUCAAGAGAUGAUCAGACGCUUCGCAAGACUCAAGUGAAUGGUACCAGGUGUGUUCCCUUCCGCAGUGAGCCUUUUAAUUCCCCGGAAGUGUCCGGCACCAAUGACCAUACUGGACGAGACCCACUUGAUCAAGAGAACAAACAAGACACAACAUGUACAGGCGAUGGUGCCUUACAACCCACCAUCUUUGGGCCAAAGAAAAAAUUCAAACCUGUUACUCAGAGGCCAGCACCCAAGGACACAUCUCUGCACAGUGCCCUGAUGGAAGCUAUCCAUUCAGCAGGAGGGAAGGACAAACUUCGAAAGAUAGCAGAUGACACAUCAGGGAGAGGCUCAAAGGAACCAUCCUACUCAGAGACAGAGAGCGAGCGCUCAGCACUGCUGGCGGCAAUCCGAGGACACAGAGGCACCAGCAGCCUACGAAAGGUAAGAGAGGGCUUUCCAAAGACGGCAGUCGGUGCCAGUGCAGGUGCCCUCAGUGACCUAACAGAUGCCAGGCAGGCCUUGAUGGAUGCCAUCCGCUCAGGCACAGGAGCCGCAAGAUUGAAAAAGGUCCCCUUGCUUGUGUGAAUCAUCGGUAAGAUCAGAAGGCAGAAGCCCGCCUGUAAGAUGCCCACAAUCACUACUCAAAGAUGCCACACACCAGCGUCUGGAAUUUGAUGUGCUCCCUUGUCUACAGGCCAAUACUCAAGGCAUUGACUGUCAGUCUUAUGUAACCUUCCAAAGCAGGGAGUCUGUGCUGCUCUGCUGUGUGGCUUGUGUGCCAAGGAAAUGUAUUUGCCUCUGAAUAUUUAAAAUUGCCAAUACACAAGUAUUGUUGGCAGGUUAAUGGGAAUAUAAAUGUUGGUGCCCAACACUACCACUUAAUUAUGCUAAUUGGCAAAGUAUACAGUCAUGCCUUUGAUGGAUUUGGAACCUGAUAGCUUUUGUCACAUACUGUUGACUAAAAACAUGUAGUUGUAUAAGAUCUUUUGAAUCCACCCAUAUGUGUGUGUGUCUGUCUGUAUGUAUGUAUAUACAUGUCUGUGUGUAUGUCUGUACACACCCAGGGGUGAGAAAUCUCAGUGGAAGCAAUCUGAAUGUAAUAUGCUACAUGCUGUAUAUGUUUUAGUAGUAAGAAAAAAGAGUUCAGAGACUUUUUCAAAGGUGAUUUGUUGAGUAAUGAAAUUAUUGGAAUUUUUUUUCCUGAAAACUUUGGGAUUAAAUCUUCAUGGAAGUUUUAGAAAAUCAACUAUGAUCACCCAGAAUCAUACAUGAUGUACUGACAAGGGAUUUCUGAAUUCUCUAAAGGCAGGGUGGCUAAAAUCUGAAUGACUUUAGAGUGGACACUGGUACUCCACUUGGACAGCUGUCCCCUUGGGCUGUGAAGUAGAACAGGCCUCCUGGAGCGGGGCAGUAUGCAGAGCCCAUAACCUCCCUGGGAGCCUCAGCAAUGGUGAAAGAGGUCAAGGGGGUGGGGGAGGGGGGUUGAGUGUCUUUGUAUCACCAAAAUCAAAUCAAUAUUGUGCUAAUACUUCGUGAUUUGGUUUUGGUCUUGAUGUUUUUGCCCUACAGAUCAGUGGCUUCCCUAUUAUCAUUCGGCAGGCUUCUCAGAGCACCUGGGAUUCAGCCCCCAGUAUUUAUAAUGAAGUUUAACUACUAAGCAGUAGUUUUUCACAUCUAUCUCUCAAACAUUUUGUUAUACUGAAAAAGUUCUUUCAGAGAUUAAUAGAAAUCAAGAAGAGUUUGUGAAAUAAAGUCUCAAUCUUAAUGAAAUAAUAAAAAUUGGUAGAUCGGUUUAAUGUUUUACAACUAGUUCAGAUACAGGUUUGAAGUAGAAUGGAAUCUUGACUCUGAAUCAUGCAAUUAACUUCACUUUCCUUGGUGUGGCGGCAGCAUCCAGCCAAUCGCUCUGAUCCUCACUUUCCCUACUGUUUGUCUUUAGUGCCACAAAUAAAGGA